CCUGGCGGCGCGCUCCCGUGAAGUAAUUCAUUGUAUCAGAUUGAGACGGGGAGGAAGCAGCGAGCGACUCGACUGGUCGGCGAAGCAACUCUGCUCCGGGAAACACAGGAGGAAAAAAAAAAUCCGACUGCUAGCCACGUAAACCACAGGGAUGGCAGCCAUCCGUAAGAAACUGGUGAUAGUUGGGGAUGGAGCUUGUGGAAAGACCUGUCUUCUGAUCGUCUUCAGCAAGGACCAGUUCCCCGAGGUCUACGUCCCCACCGUGUUCGAGAACUACGUCGCUGACAUAGAGGUGGAUGGGAAACAGGUGGAGCUGGCUCUCUGGGAUACUGCGGGUCAGGAGGACUACGACAGGCUGAGACCUCUCUCCUAUCCAGACACUGACGUCAUCCUCAUGUGCUUCUCCAUAGACAGCCCUGACAGCUUGGAAAACAUUCCAGAGAAGUGGACCCCAGAGGUCAAACACUUCUGCCCCAACGUUCCCAUCAUCCUGGUAGGAAACAAGAAAGAUCUGCGCAAUGAUGAGCACACACGCAGAGAGCUGGCCAAGAUGAAGCAGGAGCCAGUGAAGUCCGAGGAGGGCCGGGACAUGGCCGGCAGGAUCGCAGCGUUCGGUUACAUGGAGUGCUCUGCUAAGACCAAGGACGGCGUGCGGGAGGUGUUUGAAAUGGCCACCAGGGCGGCACUGCAGGCCCGCCGCGGCAAGAAGAGCAAUAAAUGUGUACUGCUGUAAAAUGGCCGACAUACAUGGACAGUUUUCACCCCGGGCUACUGUACCCGGGGCUAGGGCUCGGGAGGGACGGAGGGAUUACUAGAUGGGCGAGGGAGGGACGGGGAAGAAAAGAGUGCAGUAAAUGACUACCGCUGUAAAAUGGCUGUUUGUUGGACUGAAUUUACCCUGGGACUUGGAUUUGGGAAGCUUUGACGGAACGGGACGGGCGGGGGGAGGAGGGAGGACAGUAAAUGGCCGCUGUAAACCAUUGGGCUCUUCACCUGUGGGUUUACCAUCAAGGUGGGAAAUUUACACCAGCCACCAGCCAAACACUGGUACAAAUUGUCUUUUCAACAAGCCACUUACACUGAUAAAGAUGAUUAGGAGAUCCUGGUCCUUUUUUUAAAAAAAAAAGAAAAAAAUAAUCUAGCUAACUGCUAAAUUUGCUGGUGAAUUAUGGGAUGUGACUGUGUUCAGUGUGGACAACAACAACAUAAAAAGGUUUAGUUUCCCACCUGGAUGACUUGACGGAUGGAUGGGGGCAAACAGACAGCACAGUAAAUGAGUACCACUGUAAACAGCCACCAGUGGACUGUUUAUCCCCAGGUGUUCAUGCCUGGAAUUAGGGCGAGGGUGGCGUGGAGUCGGACAGGUGAAGGGAUGGGAAGACUGAAGCACAGCGCUGAGGUGCGAUCACGAUGACGCUGUAUACGUGCAAACCAGGGCAAAACUUUGAGUUUCCAUUGUUGAGUUUCACGUUCAGCUUCCUUGUUACAUGCUGUAGUUACCUGGGCAGGUUAUAUGAACGGCCCCAAAAGUAGACAAAUCACUAGUCAGCUGUAUUAAACAAGUACUCCUCAAAAUGGUGCUUUAAACAGGUUUGAGGUGGAUUAGCUUGCAGUUUAAUUCAAGAACAAAAAAAACAAAUAAAUAUAGCAUUUAGAGAAGUCUGUCCUGAUGGAGUUGUUCUGUCUAAGACGGUAAACAAGUGGUCACGUGCCGUCCGGUGCUCACGGUCGUCUUAUCGGAGCCGUGGAGCUGCAUGCGCACAUGUCCAGCUCUCAUCUAUUUAGUCUAUCUGGCUAAUCCUGUGCUUACAGAUUGACAGUGACUAACACACUGAGCCCUUCUCUUCCUGAGAUGAUCUGUUAUAGCCACCUAAUCGUGAAUGCUCUAUUUGUACACAGACGGAAUUGAAAUUUUUAAAAGCACACCCUCAUCUGAUCUGUGGUUCAAAGUGGCUCUUUGCCAUCUGUAUUUCAGCUUGCUGCUGUAAAUAUUGGGUAUCUUACCAUAGCAGUGUUGCAGAGGGCUGUGUAAAGUUUACUUCCAGAGGAGCAGCAUUGUGACGGCCUCAGUCUCAGGGCUGGAUGUUAUAAUUUAACCAACAUGCUGGUGAAUCUUUACUCAGGUUGGUUUGUCUACUUUAGGAGGUGAAGGUUCUUUUUUUUUAACAUUUAAAAACCUUUUCUGGACUGAAUCAGUGGAAGUAGCAGGUGAAUUGUGGCCCCACUGGAUGACUAAAGUAGCUUCCUGCCCUGCUUAGUACAAGAACAUAAGCAAGCUCUGCCGUGGCUCAGCUCCCAUCCCUUCCUGUUCCACAUAGCUGACUGCUGGUGCUCAUCUUCCCCUGGUUUUAGACCAGGACAAAGAACAAGGAGAGGAGAGUAUUGUUUACAUGCACACCACUGAUCUCCACAUUUGGGAUGAACGACUAUUCAUUUUUUUUUUUUCUGCGUGUAGGCAUGUAUAAAGGUCAAAUGUACAAUAACCAGAACUAGUUCAUGUUUGAGGAGGAGAAAAAAAAAAGGUGCCUGGAUUAUAUCAUGUUAUCCACCAUCGACAUGUCUGCCUUUUGCUGGUUAACUGUUGGUAUCUUCCACCUGCUUUAACACAGUUGAGCUUAAAAAGACAAACAUGGCACAUGUGACAUGACCUUUUUUUUUUUUUUUUUUUUUUUUUUAAUCCACAGAACUGUGCAUGGAAAUGCCAGAAUUGUCCGGUUGGGCUAAAACAUGCUGGUGAUCUAAAAGAAUUAACCACAUGCUCUAUAUUUGAAAAUUUGGCGGUAUGUCUCUCUAAAAAUGAUGAGGGUGGUCAGUCAUGUUUGGGAUUUUAUAAGCCACCAGCUUUCCCUGACUCUUCUGUGUGUUUUACUGUCAGGUUUGGGCUCUGUCGACAGUGUUGUACCCUCCUGUUCUUCUUCCUGGCCUACAGGGAGGAGCCUGUUCCAGAAACUGAGUCUUGUGUUGUUGUUUUUAUACUUUAUUUCCUGCUUUUAAAGAAAAAAAAAGUCAUAUGUUGUCUAUCAGUAUUUAAAAUAGGAGGCGGAAGACUAGGGGACUGCUUAUGUGUCGUUGCUUUAGUUUAUUCUUCUUAUGUGCUUUACCUGGAUUUUUCUGAUGAUUUACAAUUGGUUGUAACGACUCGUCAAUCAUCCCUGCCAAACGCUGUUGUUAGGCAGUCAGGAGAAAGGCUGGCCUCUCGGCUGCCUGUCUAGAGCAUCGCUAGGACCACAUGUGCUGGCUCUUUUUCUGUUUGUUUGUUUUGAACACAAACUUAGCUGAAAAGACAAAAAGGAAACAAAAAAAAACAAUUGUAAGUCUCCUUUAUGUACAAAUCAUUUUUAUUUCUACUUUUUAUUGUAUUUUUAAAUCCUGAUUUUGGAUGCUGAAACAGUGAUGUAAACAAAGGAACAGGAAAACCAAGCUGUAUGCAAAGUCUGUAAAUAUGAAAUGUGGGUUUGUUCAUACUAGACCAUACACACACACACAGGACUGGAAACUGUAUUUGUAAACUAGCUUUGGUUUGUGUAAUAAAUUACUUUCUAUAACA